AUGCCUCCACCGUCUACGAUUCCAGUCGCUACCUCUCAGUUAAUCGGUACAUUCGUUGAGACCUUUAGCUAUGGAAUUUACCUUACGAUUUUCCCUCGAUGCAUGGCAAUCUUUUGGCGUCGGUACAAGGGCCAGAAGGGGCAAAUAGGUAGCUCAGUCGCUAUCUAUUUCAUGUUCACGAUGAUAUUGUUGUGGUCGGUCAUAACGGUGCACGUUGUGGCGAAUCUCACAAGAGCUUUCCAAGCUUUUACGGCCAAUAUCAGUGUCGGAAGUGCAGCAGAGGCGUAUUUCAAGAAUGGGGAUACCUCGCUCAACAUGUGCAAAGUUGCGUCGAACGUUACGGUGACGCUUAUUGGUGACCUUGUCAUGUUAUAUAGGACGGCUAUCAUAUGGAGAAAGACCUGGUGGAUUUUGCUCGUCACUGUCUCUUUGUUUAUAGUGGACGUCGCGAUGUCGGCAUGGCAUACCUGGUCUGUGGGCGAAGCGGAACCAGGCAGUAGUAUUCUUGAUUCAGCCACAUAUCAGCGCUCCCUAUACUUUUUCGCCGCUACGCUGGCUUUCAAUCUGGUUUGCACCAUUCUCAUUGGAUUCAAAUUGUGGCGUACACAGCGGGAUCUAAAGUUUGUUGAAGACGGUCACGAGUAUCACCAUUACAGUGCCAGCCGCUGCCGAUAUCAUGCGACAAGAACGACCGUUAUUGUCCUGGAAUCAGCCGCCAUCUAUUCUGCCGCUUUGGUCUGUUUGAUUGGGACUGCAUUGGUUCAUUAUUCGGCCUACUUCAUCUUGUACAAUUCGAUGCCGCCGCUGGUCAUCGGCGGGGCCCUUUAA